AUGUGUGUAUGCGCACAUGGCUGACCGACUCGUGUGUGCAUUAUUCUCUCAAAUUGGUCGUUUUUUUUUCCUGAUUUCUCCCUCUCCCCUCCCCCCUCCUCUUCCCUCUUGCGGCAUCCUGCCGUGGCUACGUAUCGCAGGUAGGCUGGACAACAAUUUGGUUUCCAGCUUAGGUGGUGCGUUCAUGCAGAACGAUGGCACUCACAGCGGUGUCGGCAGCGCGUCCUCCGUGUCUAUCUUCGGUGGUUUCCUCUUCCGCGACAGCAGCGCGGACUUGCCGGUCCAAGUGGGAGCAACCCUGGCAUCAAUGACCUCCCCCAGGGAGAUCUGUAUAGUGCCGCAUCAGACAGGGCUACAGCAGCUGGCGCAGUCGUUCCGUUACGCUCCCUACCCCAAGGGGCUCUUCCUGCUGUGGGCUCCGCUGGUGCUGAUACUGGCUCUCGCCCCAUCCAAUCCAUCUACAGCCGAUGUAUUCAGCUCCGCAUCCCUGCUGAUUUCCGUGUCGAGUACGCCAAGGACCUGGCGUUGCGCCAUGACAGCCCUUCGCUUGGCAUCGCCGUCAACCUCGUUGCCGAGCACGCAGCGGAGUUCACGUUCUCGCUCUUCGCCAUGGCCUACUCGAAGCGAUCGCUCUGCUGGGGGAAGCCGAUACUGCUCGGGUGCACCCUGUUCAACCUGCUCGGUGUCCUCAGCUCCUCCAUUCUAGCCGCACCGUUGACGGACAGUACUUCCAUCGAUCUCGGCAUUAGCUCCUGGACCGCAUUCAGCGCCAGCGGCGUGGUGUUCUCCACGGCUGUGUUUCUUCUUUCCACGAUGGUGUGACCGUGGUCGUGGCCAACGUCGCCUAGCAGUAGCCAUUACGUCUCCUCCGAUAAUUCCAACGCACCGCCGAGCCUCGUCUAUGCGCUUCAGUACCACGAAUGCCUGUGCAGCACGCGGGAAGUCGACCUCGGCAGUCGCUACUCGGAACGCUUUGCCGUGAUAGGGACGCUGGUUUGGGUAACAGGGUUGACGACGCUGUGUUGGGUGCUGGUCGCGACGCUGCCAGCAGCCAAAACAACGAUAUCGGCACCGCUCCCCUUCACGCUGGUGAUACUUCUACCAUGGGCCUUUGAAGCCGGCGGCGCGGCGGCGUCGGUACUCUUGUCGCAAGCCGGCAGGCCCGACAUCGCUGCCAACAUUGCCCUCACGUCGAUCGUGCACCUGUACAUGUUUGUUUUACCAGUACUGGUGUUGGUAGAGUGGUGGGUGCUGCAGCCCCCCCUCCUGGAGCUCUCCUUUCACUCUUUCCUGGUCUGCUGCUGCUGCUGCUUCGUCCCAGCGUUGGGGGGUGGCGCAGGUGACCUCGAGCCGCGUGCGGUGGCUGGAGGGCGGGAUACUCCUUUGCACUCUAUGCCCUCAUCCUCUGCAUCUGCCUGCUCGGUCGCUGGCACUUGUGCAUACGUGCUGGCCACUACUACUACGACUAGCAUCCAUAGGCGCAGUUAUGUGUGCCACGAAGUCGCCCGUGAUGAGGGUGUCAUGACGGGGCAGUACAGCAGAGGAAAGAAGAGAUGCCGCACAUGUGGCUUGUGUGUUAUGCUCUCGCGUGUGGGACUGCACAUAUCUGUGGUGGACUCCAGGGGUGUGUGUGUGGGGGGAGGGGGGGUGUUGGCUGAUGGAAGUGCAAGUGUAAGUUGCGUGAAUACCUGGAUGCCUUGUAGCCGUAACGUUGAAGGAGGGGGUAGAAGAGUGCAGAAGCUCGAAUGGGCAGCAGAGCGCACCGCCAUGCACAUGUCAGCAGCAGUGAAGUGCCAUUGGAACUGCCCCACAAAGAAGAAGAGAGGCCGCAGCAUCCGGUGGAGAUGCCGCUCCAUGCCCGAUGGGUGCGUACGUGCGCUUGACUGUAUGUGUGGUUGUAUUCGUGGGAGUGCGUCUCUGAUGUGGCGCACUGCUGCGGUACACUUCUAUCCGCAAGCACGCCUGCUGCAACGUCCUCGGCACCCCUCUCUCUCUUUCCCUCUCUCACCCCCUCCCCCUCCCCCUACUCCAAGCGGUUUUCCUCGGCCCCCUCCCCCAACGCGCCUCUCUCUCGCUCUUUGGUGGAAGUCGCGAGAGAAAAACAGCCAAAACCCGCGGCCUUUCUCGUGUUGCCCCUCCCCUCCCCCCUCAUCCCCCCUCCUCCUACUCCUCCUGAGCCUCUAA